GCGGUUCACGGUUCACGAUAUCCGAGCUUUGCCGCGAUUGCGUUUUUUUUUUUGUCGUACGCGUCCCGGGCACAUAGGGAUAAAAAGAGAUAGGGGGGAGGGUUGUGGCGCGCUCGCUUUCAGACGAGAAAAAGUCGAAGAAUUUUUGCGGUGAUCGAAAUCACGAUCCUCGCUCGCGACAGUGGAGACUCCGUUUCUCGACGACUUUAGAGAGAGAGAGAGAGAGAGAGAGAGAGAGAGAGAGACGGGGGGGGGAAGGAAAAAUAGAGUGAGGAAAAACAGUGAGAUAGAAAAAAUUAAUUUGCCGCGUGUUAGCGUCGCAUAACAAUCGAGCUUCCAUCUCGCGCUGUUUGUCAUCGCGGUUAUGGCGCGAUCCGCGAGCGCUCGUAUCGCGCUGCGGAUUUCGAAGCGCGGGCGCCCCCGUCGGCAUUAGAUAAUUACAUAGGUGAUGUUUCUCACGAUCGAGUAUCCGCGCCGUGUGCUACGUGUAUUAUGAGCGGCAACGAUAACGCGCCGAUCGAUGGAUCGAACGACGAAGGGAGGAGAUCGGAGAAUGGCACACGUCGCGCGAUCGUCGAUCGACGCGUGAUCUCGCAUGGUCCGUGAAGAGAGCGAAGCCCCCGGGCGGCCACGUAACCUGUCGCGAACCAGCGCAAAACGGACGUACUCUCUUGCUACGUGGAGGGAGGAAAAAGGCCGUGCGCUCCCGAGAGGAUACCGACGCGCGUUACUCGAACAGCACGGAAACGUGGAGUGCGAGCGGACGCGCGACACGCGCCCGCGUGCGCGCGGGCUCGCGGCGAUCUUUUGUGUCUCUCGUGAAACUCGCAAAAUCGAAACACAAGACGGGAAAAGUAUAAUCUAGUCAUCGGAGUUUUAUCGCAGAAUAUUUUAGCUCAUUCGUUCGCCGCGACCUCGAAAAGGAACGCGCUCGACCAAGUUCGGAAAAAAAGGUAAACAAUCAACGCGACUGAGAAAGAGAGAGAGAGAGAGAGAGACAGAGAAGUCGAGUAACAAUCUUGACGCAAGGUCGAGCCGGCUCGACGCGCUGUGUUUACGUUUAAUAUCGCGAGGGACGCCGAAGAAGAAGACGCUGUGGUGUGCGUGUUUGACGACGCAGUGCGGUGUCGGACGUGUUCACGCUCGGACGAGCAGCGAGACGAGGUAGCCAGCGAGUAGCACGAGCGGCGACGUCGAUGACCGUGCGACGAGGACGGGGUCGGACGGUCGUCUCUCGGCUCCGAGGAGGUACGCGCGGCACGCGACUUCCGUUCGCGGUGCGAACGGAUCGAGAGUUUGUAUCUGUACGCGAAUACCAGUGAUCGUCCUCUGUACGCGCGAUUCUCUCGAAAGCUCUCGCGAGAGAACGAACGGAGAACGCGAUCGUCGUCAGUGCGCGAGCGCGGUGGCCGCGCGCGAUAUCGCGACUAUAUCGCGUCGUUCGCGGUGCAGUGAUAUCAUCGCCGGCGAGGUGCAUCGUAUGCAUACGUCGUACAUUGUCGGGAAAAAGUUGACGGGGAAAAAAGAGGAUAUAUAUAUAUAUAUAUACGCGCGGAAAAAAAAAACGUGACGUGUCUGAAAGUGAUCGAGUCCGUUCGGGACGAGGGACGAACAAAGUUUGUGAGGAGAUUCGAAAAAUAGUGUUCCAUUCCGCAAGAUUAACUCAUGUAUCCCUGGUACCGGGACAGCGUCGCGGCCGCUGCGGCAGCCGGCCUUGGCGGGCCUGUCGGCGUUGUGGGUUCCGGAUUCUGUUCGACCGGGCCCGGCCAGGGUGCCACCACGAUCAAGACUGAGAGUGGAUACUCCGACUGCAUGCUCGCCCUCGACUAUGUCCAGAGCAAGAAGAACUCGUUCGCAUGGUCGGAGGGUGGCGAAGAAGGUGGCGGUGGUGGUGGUGGAGGCGGUGGAGGGACGGGUGGGACCGGAACAGGUGGAACGGGCCCAGCGACCACCGGUAGUGGUGGUCUGGCCCAUUGGGUUAGUGUCAUGGCGGAACACAUUCACAAUCCGCACUCGGCCACUGGCGUCGGUGUUCACCAUCAACAACAAUCCCCACCUCAACCGCCUUAUCCGUGGAACAAUGGCCUUUCCAAUGACCAAUGCGCCCCGCACGACAAGGAAAGCGACUAUUGGGGUGGCAGCCGAGGCGCGAAACAAGGUUACGAGCACUUUCUGUUGCAGGCGAAAAUGAACGCGGACCACGGUCAGCUGCAGAAAGGUGACGAGCAGUAUCGGGGCGCCGGCGGUUCGAGCAGCGGAAGCCCGCCCGCCAGUCUCUUGGUGGUUCCUCAACCUCUCACCGUCAAACCCUCUCACCCAUCGCAUCUGAAUUCUCAUCUCGGUGGACCGCACUCGCAUCCGCCGAGGAAGUACCAAUGCAAGAUGUGUCCGCAGAUAUUCGGUAGCAAGGCGGACCUGCAGCUCCAUACGCAGAUCCAUAUGCGCGAGGCGAAGCCGUACAAGUGUACGCAGUGUUCCAAGGCGUUCGCCAAUUCCUCGUACCUGUCACAGCAUACGAGGAUCCACCUGGGCAUUAAGCCGUACCGUUGCGAGAUCUGCCAGCGGAAGUUCACCCAGCUGAGUCACCUACAGCAGCACAUUCGCACGCACACCGGCGACAAGCCAUACAAGUGCCGGCAUCCGGGCUGCACGAAAGCGUUCAGCCAAUUGAGCAAUCUGCAGAGCCACUCGCGAUGCCACCAAACCGACAAGCCGUACAAGUGUAACUCCUGCUACAAAUGCUUCUCCGACGAGCCCAGCCUGCUCGAGCACAUACCGAAGCAUAAGGAGUCGAAGCACCUGAAAACGCACAUCUGCCAGUACUGCGGCAAGAGUUACACCCAGGAGACCUAUUUAGCAAAGCAUAUGCAGAAGCACGCGGAGAGAACGGACAAGAGACCGCCGAUCAUCGGCACGGGCCUCAGGCCGUCGAUACACGCGAUGACCGCCCAUCAUCAGGACCACUAUUGGCCCAAGGUAAGCCCGGAUUCGGUGAUCGGCGAUCUGCACGAGAGGCUGCCGCACCAUCACGCGGAAUACCAUCAGAACCAGAAUCCGGAGAUGCUGCUGCCGGGACACGGGCAUCGCACCGCCGAGUCCAUCGAGAAUGACUCGAGGCAACAGACGCCCCAGCCUGGCGCGAAUCACCAUCCCAACAGUAGUUCGGCCUUCACGCCGAUCUCGUCGAUCUCGAUCAACUCGAUCUCCUCGAUGCAGCAUCCGUUGAAUCCGCUGAAUCAUCUGCACUAUCCUGGCAGUCAUCACCCGGCGUCCCGGCCGUAUCUCUACGAGGCGUUCAAUACGACGCAGAAGUCGUCGCCUACGUCCUCGUCAUCCGGCGUGACGCCCGGCACCACCAGCAACCAAAACGCCACGUCUUUCCCGAAUCAGCUCAUUAGUCUUCACCAGAUCAGGAACUACGCCCAUCAGCCGAAUCUCGGCAAUCUGGGCAACCUGGGGAAUCUGGGGAACUUGAGCAAUCUCAGCAAUCUCAGUGCCACGAUGGAAAGCCACGCGCUGCUGGGCGGUCUCAAAGAGAAGCAGUAACUCUUAGCUGGUCUUGGAGAUUAACUUCAGGAAGCGCUCGCGAGCUCUCUUCAUCACGGUUCUUUUAUUCUUUUUCUUCUACUUUCCGUGACAUGUCACGUUGCGACUUGAGCUCUCGCUUCAUCCGGCUCGAUCGUCUUCUCCUCUCCGUGAUCUCUUUAUACCCGUCUAAUUUAUUUUUUACGCUGGUGUGUACGCAAAUCCCACGCAAAUAUGACUCCGAAACUAACUUUUCUUCGAAAUGUCUGACUUCGGUGUUUAACUACAUUUUGCAUUCAUAUUUCAUAAGUAUGUAUGCAUGUAAGAACAAUAGCGCGUCUCAUCGUAAUCUUUUAAUAGAUUAAUGCAUACGAUGAUAAUCGCGCCCAGAAAACGGAUAAGAGGUACGAGAUGUAUGGUCAAUGGUCGAAAUCAUUUUUGACAGCCAGUACAAGACUAUCACUCUCUUUCCUUUUCACCUUUCUCUUCCUCUUUUUUUAUCUUCUUUUUUUCUUUUAAUGUCUUAUCUAUGAGCCUUUCGAUUUUGCGUCUACGUCUCGAUUGAGAUGCGCUUGUGCGUUAUGUAUGUAUAUAAAAUAUACAUAUGUUUUAUUAAACACACAUGAGCACAAUGAUCUAAUUUAAUAAAUAAUCAUUAAACUCAGAGUAAAAACAAAUUUAUUUGGAUUAAAACUAUUUUUUUAGUUUAAUUGCUAAUUAAUGCCGCGUUCUCCAAUCGAUUUGUGUAAUCGAUGACGAUUAUGAAAUUAAUUCCAAUGAAAGUUUUCAGUGUGAAAAUUGUUUUGUAUUUUCUUUUCUGUAACCACAUCUUGGUAUCCCAAUUGUUAAUGAAAUUGGAAGCACGUUUAUAAAAUAUUUACAGUGACAGUUCACACAAUAUUUAACCAAAGCUCCGAAUCACACAUGUACGUUACUCGCGAUACAACAACGUAGUAACAUGAUAGAAACCUCGACGGUUACAUUCCUUAAUGUAAUAAGACUGACGUGAUGUAGUUUAAAAAAAAAAACUAUAUCUUUACAUACUGGUCUAAUUAUUAAUAAUCGAUAUGAUCACUAUCGAUUGUCAAAAAUCGUUUCGUUGUCUCCCGCAAUUGAAAACUGAAUUUCUACGUUCGUUGAGAAUAAAAUUGAUAUUUACUCGACUCUCUCAGAUUAUCCACGUUUCUCGGCGUGUUAACGUCCUCGCCAAUGAUCAUGCGUGCCAAUUACGAGCUAGAAAGUUCCAUCAAUACAUAUUCGUCGCGAUAUAAUCCGUACGAUCUGACGACGUUUGAAUGAUAAAGUGGAGCACGAUCAUGGAUUAACUCGUAUUCGAACAGUAGACGAUACUUUCAUAAUGCUAGAAAGUAUACGAUACGCCGGUGAGAUGAAUUAACUGAUUUCUUCUUCAGUUUAUCAUGAACAAUUUUAGUUGUGAACGGAGACCGAGAUCAUUUUUUGUUGAUAAACAUGUUCAAUGAUUUAUAUUUUUAUAAAGUUAUAUAUAAUAGCAAAUGUGUGUUUUUUCAAUAAAUUCGCUCUCUAAACUAAAUU